CCCUGCAUGUCUGUCUGUUCUCCCAGGCACUGUGGUCUCCUCCAUCUCCACAGCUCGGGCCAGAGGGAGGAGAUGGUAUGACCCUCACCGUCAUAGCCCUGCUCUGCUUUGGGCUCUGUGUGGGCCAGAGGAUCCCUGUUCAGGCAGGAACCCUCCCCAAACCCACCAUCUGGGCUGAGCCAGGCUCUGUGAUCCCUUGGGGGAGGCCUGUGACCAUCUGGUGUCAGGGGAACCUGGAGGCCCGGGAGUACCAUCUGGAUAAAGGUGGACGUCCAUUGUCCUGGAGCAGAGAGAAUCCACGGGAGCCUGGGGACAAGACAAAUUUCUCCAUCCCACGCAUGACAGAUCUAUAUGUAGGACAAUAUCACUGUUAUUAUCAAAGUCUCACAGAAUGGUCAGAGCACAGUGACCCCCUGGAGAUGGUGGUGACAGGAGUCUACAGAAAACCCACCCUCUCAGCCCUGCCGAACCCUGUGGUGGCCUCAGGAAGGAAUGUGACCCUUCAGUGUGCCUCACGACUGGAAUUUGACAGGUUCACUCUCACUAAGGAAGGAGACCUCAAGCCCUCCUGGAUCCUGGAUUCACAGCAACACCGCAAUCAGCAUUUCCAGGCCCUGUUUCCUGUUGGCCCUGUGACCCCCAGUCACAGGUGGACGUUCAGAUGCUAUGGCUGUUACAAGAACUACCCCCAUGUGUGGUCACAUCCCAGCAAUCCCCUGGAGCUCUUGGUCUCAGGACCUGCUGGGAACCCCAGCCCCACACCAACAGGUUCUGUUUCCACAAAUGAGAUCCUUAGAUGGAGACCCUCACCCAAACCUGUAGAGGAUCCAGGAGUUCCUUCAGAACAGGAAAGGAGGCUGUUUGGGCCAAGGUGGGAUCUGCUGUGGGUGUGGAUAGAGCCCAUCCCAGACACUCUCCUAAUAGAGAAGCAUCUCCGCCCAUGGGUACCAGUCUACAAAGCCCUCCUGUGCUCACCUGGAGGCCUCCAUGCCACUCUGCACACCUGAGACUAAGGAAGGACAGUGCAUGGCUCACUGGGGUCACUUAUGGGAUCACCACACAGCAUGUCUGUGAGCAGUUCAUGUCUACUCUGCAUUUUUUGUGCACACUUCUCUAUUAUUGCUCUUUCUCUCUCUCAGAACUUUUAUAGCAAUACUCGAAUGUAUAAAUUUACAAAUUUAAGUUAUUAAGAUUCUUGACUUAAAAAUAGGCAACUCUAUGUCUAUUUCCUUUGGGAUUAGGGUAAAUUUGUGUAUUGAUUAUGGAGAUUAACUUUUCAUUAAUAUAAAGUUUUCUUAUAAAAGAUGAUUAAGGGGAUGUUUGUUAAUGAUUUCAAAUGCAUUUUGAAGUUCUUUUCAUAAAAUUACCUACGUUCAGCUUGAGAUUUGUUCCACUGCUUUAUUAAUUUAUAAAUAAGAUCUUCUGACUUAUAUAAGCAUAUUUAGAAUUUUCACAUAGGACUGUAUAAUUAGAAUUGAUGUGUAAUUUGUUUUUUUCUUUUUUUAUGUUAAAACUUGUUAAAGGAGAUUUGCAGCAUUGCCUAUUUUUUUUGUGCUCACCCAAUUUUACAAUACCUCUGAUUGUCCUAUUCUUUAAGGCUUUGAAGACAAGAAAUGUGGACUUUCUCGGGCUUGGAUAUUUGAAAUGGAGAGGGCAGAUGUUAUCCUUCUUUUCUUUCAUUUAGUGUUUAUUGAGUGCAAUUAACCAUACAUGAUUUUAAUAUCAAAGAAGAUGAGAAAUUCACACAUUCUUGCAACUCACUUUCUAACCCAUCAUUUUAGCAUAAAAAGUUCAAAUGUAAAAUUGAAUUACUAGUCUUCUUUCCUUGAAAUCUUAUUGAACUUCUAGAGUUCUUUCAGAGAGAAAGAGAGAGAAUGACAAUGCUGCUGCUACUGAUGACAAUGAUGGUUAUGGAACCUUCCUCAUUGUUCCUGUCAUUUAGAGCCUGUCUUGAAUGUGCCAAGCACCCAAACCUCAGCUUCUCAUUCUCCUCUGGACCCUCCCUAUUUACCGCAGACACUACUUUAUUCCUUAUUGAAGAACAGACUGAGAUCUUUCCAGGGACCUGGUCUUCCUGCAGCUCAUGAUGAACCUAGUCUUGUUCUUCACAUGGCUCAUCUCAGGCUCCAUCUCCUAUUCAGGAAUCAGCUUACAUGUCAUCUCAAAGUGUGACCCUCUUUGUGAAACUCUGUAAAAUAGACCUGCUUCCUUAUUACAUAAUUUAUUUCUUGUAAUUAACCCAACCUAUGCUGUAUGGCUGUAUGGGUUGAAUUUUCUCUCUUCUCUCACGUAUAUAUGACCAAUCUCUCAUUCAUGGAUACUCAGUCUUCAGUUGUUGAAUAAAUAGAAGCUCUCAUAUCUGAGAAAGUUGGGUUAUGUGGUCUACAUCCCAGAAUGAACAGACAGCAUACAAGAACUCAACUAUUUCUGUACUGGGAGAUCAUUUUUCUCAACAAUUCUGAGCCCUUGGGGCACACCCAAACUCUGUUCCAAAGUGACUCAGAAGCAAAGUCUAAAUUCACGAAACAAAGGGAGAAUGAAAGAAUCCAAUGAGAACAGAGGGAAUCCUUCCACAGCAGAGAAAGUGUUUAUUAAGGGUCUGUAGAACAGUUAUGUCAUGAGGAACAGAGGGAAUUAUGAGAACACGGAGCCCAGAGGAAAGGUUUGAGUAACAUUAACUCCUCAUCCAUCCCCUAAUUUUUAGGAUUCUCAGAAGCAGCUGACACCAUCGGCUCAUCACAAAACAAAUCAGACUCC